AUGGAAGACUCCAUCUUUCUUUGUCAAAGAAAAUAUGACAAGAAUAUUGUGAAGAAAUUUGGAUUGGAGAAUGCUAGUCACAAAAGAACUCCUGCUCCUACACACUUGAAGUUAUCUAAAGAUGAAAAGGGCAUUAGUGUUGAUCAGAGUUUAUACAGAAGCAUGAUUCUAAAGUAUGUGAAUGGUACAUGUGAUUAUGGAAUGUUGUAUUCUCAUGAUUCAAAUUCCAUGUUAGUGGGGUAUUGUGAUGAUGAUUGGGUUGGUAGUGUUGAUGACAGGAAGAGUACCUCUGGAGUAUGUUUCUUUUUAGGAAACAAUUUGAUUUCAUGGUUCAACAUGAAACAGAAUUGUGUAUCUCUAUCUACUGCUGAAGUUAAGUACAGAGCAGUAGGUAGCAGCUGCUCUCAACUAAUGUGGAUGAAAUAA